AACACCUGUGGCAUUAAUGGAAGAAACCCAUAUACAGUCCUAACCUGAUGAGUGAAAUUUUUGAAUGCGACAAAUAAAUCGUGUGAUAAUACGUUCGGCAAUAUGAGUGAAAUUAAAAAUUUCUCGGAUUUAAAACUGAAUUCUUGGCUCCUUACACAAUGCGAUACGAUGGGUUUAAAAAAUCCCACUCCCAUUCAGCAGAAUUGCAUUCCCCGAAUAUUAGCAGGUGAGGAUUGUAUAGGUUGUGCAAAGACAGGUAGCGGUAAGACUCUUGCGUUUGCUCUGCCUAUUUUACAAAAAUUGUGCGAAGAUCCGUAUGGUAUAUUUGCUCUUGUGUUAACGCCAACAAGAGAACUAGCUUUUCAAAUUGCUGAUCAAUUUGCUGCCAUUGGCAAGGCUAUCAAUUUGAAGAAAUGCGUAAUUGUUGGUGGCAUGGAUAUGAUGGUGCAAGGAUUGGAAUUGUCCAAACGGCCACACAUAGUUGUAGCUACUCCAGGCAGACUAGUAGAUCACUUAGAUAGCUGCAAUACGUUUUCCUUGCAGAAAAUUAAAUUUCUUGUAUUGGAUGAAGCUGAUAGAUUGCUAGGUGGUCAUUUUGAUGAACAACUUAAGAAAAUAUUUGCCGCAGUGCCCAAACAAAAACAAGUAUUAUUAUUUAGUGCUACAAUAACAGAUGCUCUUGAUAAAGUGAAACAAAUAGCCUCUAGUAAAGUUUUUAUGUGGGAAGAAGAGGAUGAUGCUGGUAUCGCCACUGUAAGGGAAUUAGAUCAACGUUAUGUACUAUGUCCUAAGGAUGUACUUGAUUCAUUCCUAGUAGAAGUAAUUAGGACAUUUCGUGCUACAAACAAGAAUGGGUCUAUUAUGAUAUUCACAGAUACUUGCAAGCACUGUCAAUUAUUAUCAAUGACGCUGAAUGAUGUUGGAUUUAUAAACGUGGCUCUUCACGCGAUGAUAAAGCAGAAGGAACGUUUAGCAGCACUAAAUAAAUUCAAGUCAAAUCAUGUACAGAUUUUAAUUGCCACCGAUGUUGCAGCGAGAGGUUUAGAUAUCCCAACGGUAGAAUUAGUCGUUAAUCAUAUUAUACCGAAUAUACCGAAGGAAUACAUUCAUAGAGUUGGUAGAACAGCUCGCGCAGGUAGAGGCGGUAUGGCGAUUAGCUUGAUAACUCCAAACGAUAUCAAAUUAUUACACAUGAUUGAAGACACUAUAGGCACUAAAUUAACGGAAUACAAGGUAGAUGAUAAGGAAAUUGUUACAAUCUUAACGCAAAUAUCAGUGGCGAAACGAGAAGCCGAGAUUAGGCUGGAUGAGACUGACUUUUAUGAAAAGAAAAUGAUCAAUAAGCGAAAAAAAUUAAUCUUAGAAGGUAAAGAUCCGGAUGAGAUAGAAGAGUUUUUAGAAGAGCAAAAGAAAAAGAAACAUAAAAAACCAGAAAAGAAAAAAAAAUUAGAACAAACCAUUUCUACAUGAAAUAAAAUUAAUGUAUAUAAUAUAUAAUGUAUAUAAUGUGAAAUUGAAAAUAAAAUAUAUAUAUUACACAA